AUGUCUGAAGUGAAAGAUGACAGGAGGCAGUUGUUUGAUUCUGCAGUUUCUUUCCUAAGCGAUGACAGUGUGAAGAACGCUCCCUUAACUAAGAAGAUAGAGUUUCUACAAUCGAAGGGUUUGACACAAGAAGAAGUGGAGUUGGCUUUGAAGGAAGCUCAAAACCCACGUAGACAGCCUAAUUUGUCCUACAAAGAACUUAGUGGAGCUAGUGGUGCUCCACGGGAAGAUAUUAUGUAUGAAGCUGUACCACCACCAAUACCCAGGCGUGACUGGAAGGAUUACUUCAUAAUGGCUACAGCUACUGCGGGAUUAUUUUAUGGAGUAUACGAACUUACUAGACGGUAUGUUGUACCCAAUAUUCUACCCGAGGCAAAGAGUAAGCUGGAGCAGGAUAAAGAAGAGAUCCAAAGUUACUUCGACAAAGUCGAUAAAGUUCUUAACGCAAUCGAGCAAGAGCAGGAGAAAGUGCGCAAUAAGGACGAUGAGAAAUUAGAGGAGCUCGAGGCUACUAUAUACCAAUUACGGACAUGUUUGGACCAAACCACUAAGAGUAGAGAUAAGAUGGAAGAUGAGUUCAAGAUGUUGAAGUUGGAGAUGAUCAAUCUUCAAACCACAAUAGACAAAUAUAUUCUGAACAAUAAAAAUGUUAAAGAACUGGAGAAGAUUAAUACUGAAGUCAACUCUUUGAAGAGCUUAAUCAGUGCUACUAUGGCAGAAGACGCAAGUGGCGCCAGCACAGAGAGUUUAGGUUUAAAAUCACCACUUGCUAAAAACCUCGUACCAGGCGCGAAGGACAUUCCAUCAGCAGCUGAGAUUUUGGCGAAGUUGAACAUGGGCAAGAAGGAUUCAGAUUCUAGUAUACCAGCUUGGAAAAAGGCAAGAGAGGAAUCGGUUGGUUCUGCAGGUCUUUCGAUACCAGAAUGGCAGAAAAAGUCUCUGAACGAAGUGGUCGUACCAAACUGGCAAGAGAAUUUGGAGACAGCAGAGAUGGAAGAGGAAAACAAGAAUAACGAAUCGAACUAG